CGAGUUAUCAGUCGGACGAGCAUAGUGCUGAACCAAGUAGAUCCGGCGUCACAUCAUGUUCUUCGUAGUUUCUUACUUUUUAUUUUAUUUUAAGAAGACAAAUUAGACUGACAAUAUAAUACAACAACCAGAAGGCCGUUUUAACGUAACUGUUUUGCUUAUAAUUGGUCUGAUUAUUUUCCAUCGUUUCUAGUGCGCAACAGACUGAUGCAAAUUAUAAAUGUCUGCAGACUUUGCUACGGUAUCAAGUCUUGUGUUGUCAGACCCCUGGCCUGUUUAUUUAUUUCCACUUGUACCAUGGCCAAGAGCAAGUUUGAAUAUGUGCGUAACUUUGAAGUAGAUGACACCUGUCUGAGAAACUGCUACAUUGUUGUGAGACUGGAUGGCCGGAACUUCCACAAGUUUUCAGAGCAGCACAAGUUCACCAAACCCAAUGACAACAGGGCCCUGGGCCUCAUGGCCCGCAGUGCCCGCUCAGUCAUGGAGGAGCUUGAAGAUAUUAUCAUUGCCUAUGGACAAAGUGAUGAGUUUAGUUUUGUUUUCAAGAGGACCACCAACUGGUUCAAGAGGAGAGCUAGCAAGCUGAUGACCCACGUGACCUCACAGUUCUCGUCCUCUUAUGUCUUUUACUGGAAAGAGUUUUUUGAAGAGCAACCUCUCCUCUAUCCACCAGGAUUUGAUGGGCGGGUGGUACUGUAUCCUAGCAACCGCAACCUGAAAGACUAUCUGAGCUGGAGGCAAGCAGACUGUCACAUAAAUAAUUUGUACAACACAGUCUUUUGGACCCUUGUACAGAAAGGUGAACUAACCACAGUUCAAGCAGAAGAUCGCUUAAAGGGAACGUUAGCUGCUGCCAAAAAUGAAAUCCUGUUCUCCGAGUUUGACAUCAACUACAACAAAGAACCGGCUCUCCAUAGGAAAGGCACCACUCUCAUCUGGGAAAAGCAUGAUGAAAGUCUCUUCAAACAAACAAAAGGAGUGAAUGACGAGAGGAAGGAUGUGCAUGUGACUCGGAGCAGAAGGAGUGUGCAGGCCUACCACUGUGACAUUAUAGGAGAAGAGUUUUGGCAGCAACACGCAAACAUUCUGGAAGAUGACGGCUGCUAGUGUUAUAUAUAUAUAAUAAUAAACACAUAUCAUGGUGAAUGUGA